UUACAGCGAUUCUAUCAUCUACAGGGUUUUCAGGGUUGGAGAACAACUUGGCACAAUUAAAAGCCCUGAAGGAUGGUGACCAGCCGCUCGAAUCUAUAUAUAUAUACAGUGGCGGGCCAAUUUUGGAAUCGUACGACCCCAUUGAAGAGACAAGAACGAUUUUUUCUUCAGUGACGGACCAAUCUGAUGCUUAUAUUUCUAAUCAAAAGGUUAUGAUGGAGAUAAAAAGACUGCUUUUCCUUCCGGUGCUCUUCCUCUCUGUAAUUUCAAUGGCUCUUCUCAAUCUGGAGAAGAGCAAGCACGCCGGUGAGCACAUGGAAUACCAGAGCUACGGCUGGUUCAGAGAAUCCGCCGCUUGGGACGCAAAAAACCGGAGAUUUGUCGUUUCGUUCAUGGAAGGUGGUUUAGGACAGAUCGGCGAGAUUUCUAAAGAAGAAUUUACAGUCGUAAAGGACGGUGAUUACGCCGGCAACGCGACGCUAGGGUUAGAAAUCGACCUCCCCCGUGGUCGAACCCUCGUUGCUGUCGCGGACCUGUUUGGGAACAAUUACAGCGCCCUGGCUGCUUACGACAUGGCCACGUGGCAGAGGAUCUUUCUUGUCCAGCUCAGCAGCACCGGGGGAGCGAAGUCCCUGGCGGAUGACGUGGCAGUUGACGCGGAAGGAAACGCUUACGUCACGGAUGCGUGUGGCAACGUCAUCUGGAAGGUGAGUCCGGAGGGUUCUAUGGUGGCCGUGAUUUCUAGCCCGGCGUUUAGUUCCGUUCCGGCGAAGUUGCCGUUUAAUUUGGUGGGGUUGAACGGGAUUGUUUAUCACCCUGGCGGUUAUCUGCUUGCGGUUCAUACUUGGGCCGGCGUGCUGUUUAAGGUUAGCCUUGACGGUCAGCAUGUGACCGCGGUGAAUAUGAGCAGCUUUUUGGUGAUGGGUGACGGCUUGGAGCUGCUUACGCCCGAGCGGCUGGUCGUAGCGGGUAUGCCCUCCGCUAGGAUUGUUGAAAGUAGAGAUGAUUGGCGGUCUGCUAAAUUGACCCACAGGUACGUGGGGCCCAUGCACCGUGGUGCUACUGCGGUUACAGUUAAGGACGGUAAGGCCUUCGUUAGUCAUGUUUUGGGUUUGGGGUUGAGGAAAAGGACGCAUCUUAUUACCGAGGCUGUUUUUAAACCGGUCAGCCUUUAGGUGAAAGAGGUAGUUUUUUUGGUGGAGGGGGUAGGUUGGGGAAUUGACAUUUUAGGUGAAGAGUGGUUAAAGUCUUGUAUUUACACUUUAUUCAUGUAUGUUGUCUAUGUCGUGUUAGUUGGACAUAGGUUGGGGGUUGACAUUUAGGUGACUCAUUUUCAUGUAUGUUGUGUUGGUUGGACUUCCAAGUGUUGAUCUUUAGAAAAGUGAGUAAUAAAGUGAGUAAAGUAGUUAUUAUCUA